AGCAGGAACGAUUCUAAAUCGCGUGACGGCAGGUACAACCGUCGUCGCCAAUAUGUCCUUCGUUUUCUGGGUUUAAUUGUUGCUAAAAAGGUAAGUGUGUCAUUGUCUCAAAGAUGGCCGCGUCGUUCACCAACCUGCUCUACUACAUGUUGCAUGCGCCGCGAGCACAAAAGCGGCGGUUAGUGAGGUGUUGACGGGGAAGGUGAAAAUACUGGUAGACGUAUUGCCGCAAUCGGCGCCUGCUGCAGCGUGAAGCAGUCGUGUCGUCCGAUUCCUUUAGCGACAGCAUUGGGACAACAUCGAACGAUUGAAACGGUCGGUGAAGACACGAGUAGGUGUAGGCGAAGCUACAACUAGUGCCCGCUUCUGCGUGGAGAAGGCGUGACAGGAUGACGCUGUGGAUACUACAGAACGUCAUUUUAUUUCGCAGUGCCUAUGAGCGAAUAUACAUCGCGCCGCGCGCUUCUGCAGGCUACUGCGUUUGGCUCGCAUGUGCCUUUGCCAUAGUGCUCUUGCCGAUAUUUUUUGCUUAUGCAUCAGGCGGUCUCUGGAUCAAAGAAGCCUUCUACAGGGAACAGCCGUAAUGAUAGUAUCUAUCAGACGAGCAGUUUUUUCUUUUCUUUUGGGCUAAGAUUUACAUUCACUGUGACUACAACAUCUACUUCACAGUACUUUGUUCAAGAUCAACUCUGUAAUCGUGAUCACAACAAUCAGGUUAGUUCGUUUCAACCACGAAAUGGUAGUCGCAGUACAGAGUGACACGUCCGCAGCGUUCUGGAGCACAGACGCCAAACUGAACGAGUUGAACGCAAACAGCGUUCGCGUACCUUCUGUCAGGUAUAACCCUAUGGAAACGAAGUCCGACUUUAGGCCUAGGGUGAAGAAUCUUGUGUGGAUCUAGGGUAGGCUCUAUGGUGAUUAGGGUGAAGAAUCCAUUUUCAGGUCAUCGAUGAAAUCAAUGCACAUGAACUUGUUGCUAGUACAAGAUUGCCUCCCCUAGACCAGUUGAACAACUACAUCUUCAAAUCCUACACAAUUUGAGGUACCAGGAGCUGGACAAAGACGUUGACGGCACGCCUGACGAGCUGAUUGUUAGGGUGAGCAUGCCAAUGUCGGAAAAGGCGAAGCGAGUUUUUUUCGCCGGAGCGUUCAGAUAUCAACUUUCGGAAACAGUUAAGCUAUCAAUGACAGGGCUUUUAGCAUGCGAUGAGUCAUCAGGCAUAGGAGCAACAGGUAAUGAUCAUGGAGCAUUCUCGACGUAUUGGUAUUCCCCAUAUGAACUCGACACUAUCUGUUGUAGCUGUAGUAGUAGUUGCCGUUAAUGUAAAAAGGAGGCCUAGCGCCCACAUCGUGAUUUUGAUAGCGGGCGCCGAGCGCGACCCAGCGGAACAAAUAGAUAAUGUAGUGCCUGUACUACGAUGACCCUCCUACUCAGGUGUAACGCUGCAGGGGUCUAUAGAUUUUAGUCAAGCAGAGGCGCUUAGGAGUUUAUCCGAACCGAGACAAAAGUAUCAAAGUAGUCCGUUGGCGUGGAGUUGGGGGAGCAAUGUACUUCCUGCAAUUAUAGACUCACUGAAACGACAUUGUCGAAAAAUAAGGUUGUACGACUAAGCGAUGAGGAUGAAGAGAAAUAUGUUCUAGUUCAAAGACUCGUAGACUUUGCUAACUAGGACUACCCCAAUCAUGAUCACAAAAACCUGGUAUGAUAAUCCCCAGAUGGCUUACUCGAAGCUCGACCCUUUCACGUUUCCGGCGCUUUUUGAGGAGUACGCACAAAGAAACGAGACGAUAAGGUACUUCAACUUCCAUCAUGAUUUUCCUUGUUCUGAACGUGAGAUGACCAUGAACCACCAGAAGCUAAAAAACACUAGUCUUUCAUCAUUCGUGUGGUCGUCAGCUUCGUUGUACGGCCGAAUUGCACCACAGGUUACGUUCCACGUUGCCACCGAUGUGGAGUUUCGCACCCCAGGACUCGUUCGAGUUGGAAGUUCGUGCCCGAAUACCAAAGCAGGUGGUUUACUACGUUCCUAGCGCCCUCCAGGAGUUGAAAAACGGGUGGAUCCACAUUAUGGAGUCACUUUUUCACGUUCGACGCGAGCACAAAAAAUUUGUGUCCGUUUCAGUCUGAUGUAGUUUAGCACAAGAAAAAGAAUAAGUAGAUACGUAGUUGUUUAGGAGUCCCGGCGAGAAGACCAGACCCCCAACCUCUUUCAUAACACUCGCCAGCUUUCUCUUUCCGGUGUACAUCGCGAUCUACGGGAUGCUGCGCUUCCUGUACACGAACCAGAUUGUCCAGACAUACUGCUGCACGCAGUUACCAUAUGUGAAUUCCAAGGGUGGUUGAUAUUUUCGUGUGGGGGAAAAGCAUCCUAGUACAGAGUGAGGAUAAUAUCAGACCAGGAGCUUCUCCGUGGAUAUGGGGGGAAGAAAUGAAUCUACCUGGUCGAUACACGUUGCAGUACCAGAUAUCAUUGAAAAUGUCAUGAUCAUCAUGAUGCGCCAUGGAGUAGAUUAUUCGGCAUACCACAUCGCAAAGUAUGUGCAUGCGCACGAUACUCUCACUGAAACGUGGUGAGACGUACACUAUGAAUAAGUAUCUCGCUUCAGGUCCCCAUUCUGCAGGUCGCCUUGCCCAGAUAACAUGGAUUGAAUACUUCGAUAUCUCCGUAAAUUUGACGUCUGUAAUUUCAUUGAGUCACUAUCAUCACAACUGUCUCAACAAUCAGAAAAUUCUCACACUAGUCGUACCUUGAUGAAACCUGAUUUCUUAUCGCGUAAAUAAUCUGCUACAGGAUGUACCUCCGAAGUUGAAGAUGUGACGACGAGAGAGGGAAAAAAAUAACCAC